AGCAUUCAAGCUUAUAACCUUGAGAAAGAUAAGAUGAGUGGAAGAGGCAAAGGAGGAAAGGGGCUCGGUAAAGGAGGCGCUAAGCGUCACCGUAAAGUCCUCCGUGAUAACAUCCAGGGAAUCACCAAACCCGCCAUCCGCCGUCUGGCUCGCCGCGGUGGAGUGAAGCGUAUCUCCGGUCUGAUUUACGAGGAGACCCGCGGUGUGCUGAAGGUCUUCCUGGAGAAUGUGAUCCGGGACGCCGUCACCUACACCGAGCACGCCAAGAGAAAGACCGUGACCGCCAUGGAUGUGGUUUAUGCUCUGAAGAGACAGGGCCGCACUCUGUACGGCUUCGGAGGUUAAACACUGAUCCUGAUCCACUGAUACUGAAACACAAAGGCUCUUUUAAGAGCCACACACUUAAUCUGUAAAGAGAAAGUCCUACAGUGAUUAAUUUAGUUGAAU